CACGAGUUCCUCUGAUCCUUCUCCCCCUCUCCUCUCCCCUUUAAAAAGAUAUUCAGGAAAAAAGGGGAUCCACAGACCCAGAAAAGGCAAAGAAACAAAAGAGGGAGAGAAGAGACACGAGGAGAUAGGAUGCAGCAACGAACCCUAGACAGGGACAAGAAAGCAUAAAAUACAAAAUUUCUCGAGUUGUGGUGGAGAGAGCUUUGGGGAUCAUUUCCCACUCACGACCCUCCGGGAAACCGACAGAGGACAGCACCCCACUCGUCGACACUGUCAUCUCUGUCCCUCUGGGUCCGGGGUCCUCCAUCUGAACUGAUGCCAUUUUGUACCAGGGCACGAGCACUUGCCUGCAUAAAAGCUCGACCGUGUUGCUAGGAUUUCGAAGCUUUCGUUUGCGCCUUUUUGUUCCAUGCACGCUUGAAGAAGAUAGAGAUUUGGGAAUGCUUGCCGUGCCUCCUUUGAGGGAAGAGAGAGGCGAUGAGACCCGCCGAGGAGAGACCUGCUUCUCCAUCGCCGGCGCCGGCGCCGGCGGAGGAGGAGGAGGAGGAGAGGACGAUGUCGCGCUGUUCCUCAACUUCUCCGACGCGGGCGACUUGCUUGACAGCAUCAACUUCGACGACAUCUUUGCCGGGGACGAUGCCUUGCCGGAUUUGGAGAUGGACGCGGCCGAGGUCUCAACCGAGUUCUCUACGGGGUCCGAGAAUCAGGCCAAGGCGAAUCCAAGCGUGACCUGGGAUGGUGGAGGUCCGAAGGAAUUAUCGGAGGCAGAAGAGAGGUCGGGCUCGGGCUCGGGGUCAGGGCGGGAGCGGGAGCGGAGCGGGGCGGGGGCGGGGGAGGUGAGCUCGAGCGGCGGGGAAGGGAGUGAGAAGAAGAGGGAAGGGCGGAGUGGUGGGAAGAGGAAAGAGGAAAGGGAUAGAGGAAGAAGAAGUUCUGCUGCUGCUGCUGCUGCUGCUGCUCAAGGUAAAACUAAUCCUCAAGCUCAAGGGAAGAGAAAAUUCAAGGUGGACUGGACACCAGAUCUGCAUAGGAAGUUCGUGCAAGCAGUGGAGCAAUUAGGGGUGGACAAGGCAGUUCCUUCCCGGAUCUUGGAGCUCAUGGGCAACGAUUCUCUCAAUCGCCACAACAUUGCAAGCCACCUUCAAAAGUACCGAUCGCAGAAGAGGCACCUGCAAUCUCUCGAAGCGGACGCAGCAAGAUGGAGCAAGAGGCGCCAGAUCUACGGCGGGGCCGCCGCGGCCGGCGGCGGAAGCAAGAGGGUCAUGACUCCUUGGGCGGCACCCGCCAUGGGGUUCCCUCCCGCGCCGCCCUCCGUGCACCAUUUCAGGCCCUUGCAUGUGUGGGGUCACCCGACCUUGAGCCCGUCCCUAAAGCAUGGCGCAUGGCCGCUUCAUUCUCAGCCGUCACUUGUUCCUUCUCCACUGCAAACAUGGGUGCCGCCGCCGUUGCUGGAACAUCCUCCUCCGCCACCGCCAUUGCCGCCUCCAGACCCUUCCUACUGGCACCAGCAAGGAUUUGGUUUUGCACCAGUUCCAGGCAUACCGCAUCAUCAAGGUGUGUACAAAAUAGACCCUAGCAUCGGUGUCCUGACACCAACGGGGCAAUUGGCCUCCUCUCAACCUUCAUUUGAUUUUCACCAAUGGAGUGAGAGCGUCGAUGCGGCCAUCGGAGAGGUCCUAUCGAAGCCAUGGCAGCCACUUCCUCUCGGCUUAAAGCCUCCAUCUCUGGAAUGUGUGUUGGGGGAGCUUCAACGCCAAGGCAUUGCCAGCAUCCCUCCCGCUUCCUCCCCUUAGAUUGACCUCCUGGUGGCGGCGGCGAUAUGAGGCCAUCGAGAGGAGGAGAAUAAUCCCUAAUUCGACGACAUUUCUGGCGCGAUCAAUGUGUACAUAAACUUGUGGAUGAGUUUGUCCCUUAUUGUUGAUGGAUUUCUAAUUUCCUCAAUGAGAUAGUUCUACUUUUUUGGAUGCCUUCACACGAGAAGAUGACUAUAGUUGGUAUAA